AUGACAACAACACAAACCGACGCCGCCAGUACCAGCAACAAUUCGCAACUUCGGCUCGAUGCCUCGAUUGCAGAUGCGCUGCAAGACUACCGAAUUCACCACUCGAGUCAACAACAAUACGCAGCCCUACAGCAGGAUGGCGAGCGCAACGUUGUCAUUGUCGCUGGUGUUGCUCGCGAGGCUCAGCCAGACGAUUUUGACUCCAGCCUGGCUCCUCACCCGCUAGUGCCGUACCCUGUUUCGGAUCCCGACUGGUGGACGGACACUUUUAGGCGUGUUCCUAAUUACCGACCCAUCAAUACAAACCUAGAUCUCAACGAACGACGUCAAAAGCUGUUGUUUACAAUUGUGGGUGGAAUCAUGGUCAGAGGAUGCUGGCUCAUUUCGAUCUGGGCUCAACUUUGGAGAAAUACGGCGGGAAGACUGACGGAUAUAGGUAAAUCUCACGUGGGUGGCGAGUGGUAG